CUAAAUUGACAUGUUUGCCCUGGAUAUCAUUACUUUAAACAGCUUUUAAACCAAUGCCAGAAAGUAGUGCAACCUCAAAGCCAACUAAAAACUUAGUUGCCAAUAUUGAAACUUCAACGGAAGUGAAAAAGACUUCAGCAGCAGCAGAGAAGACUACCGAGAAGAAGACUACCGCCGCCGAAACUAAACAGACUACGGCUGCUGCUAAGACUUCUGGAUUCCAAAAUGCUGACACUACGACGACAAAAGCAGCUACAUCUACUCAUGCAGCUGCAUCUACCCAUAGCUCAUCUUCUACCACAGUGUCUAGCAAAGUAGCUUCCUCGUCUGUCUUGCCAAUCAUUGUGUCUACUCCGUCCUCUUCGCUGGCCACCACCACGUCGGCUAGUGCUCUUCCAACUUCAACCACUGCAGAUUCUUCAUCUUCAGGAAGCCCUAGCGUUGCUGGUCCCGUAGUAGGAAGUAUUGCUGGAAUCGCUGUGGUUGGAGCUAUUGCUUUCUUCUUCAUUCGCAGACGUAACAAAAACAAAAAGACGCGCGCAACCCAUGCAUUCAGCCAAUUUCUUAACGAAGCACCACCGCAUCAUGGUACUGGCAAUGUCCGCGAUAGUAUGUGGGGCAUGCCUGCUAAAGCCGAUGAGAAGGAUGUGAAUAACGGCUAUGCUAUUUCCCCUCCGCCACCACUACCGGAGAAAGCGUAUAACCCAGACUUUGGUUCUCCUCCUCCAAUGUCUCCUCCCACGGCUUACAGUGCGUACGAUCCUCAACAACAUGUUAACCCUAAUGCCGCUGCCUAUGGAGGUCCUUCACCACAGGCUGAGUAUGGAAACGUGUCUCCGUCUCAUAUGGAUCAUAAUGCUGCUAUAGCUGGCGCCGCUGUGGCCGGUGCAGCUGUCGGUGGAGCUAUAGCGCACCAACAUCAUCAACAGCAAUAUCCAAAUGAGGUGAAUGGUGAUAUGCCACUCUCCGAUCCUUACAAGCAACCGUCACCGCAAUCACCUCAACAACAACAAGCAGCCGACCUUGGUGAACAACAACAAAAUGCGUACUAUCAACAACAAUCUCCACAACAACAGCAUCCCGAUCUUGCUGGUCAGCAAAACGCUUACUAUCAGCAAUCUCCACAACAGCAACACAUCGAUGUCAAUGGCCAGCAAAAUGCUUAUUAUUCACCUCCACAAGAAUUCCAGCAGCAACCUGGUGUCGGAUAUAAUCAGCCCUAUCCUGGGUAUCAACAAGGCUAUCAACAAGAGGCUCAACAAUACUAUGAUCCGAAUGCUCAACAGUAUGGCUAUUCUGCUCAGCCUUAUUCCCAAUACAACAGCAUGUAUAUCGGAGCGGAGCAUAGCUAUUUCCAAGAUGACCCAGAAUACGCCAAUAACUAUCCUGCUGUUGCAGCAGCCACUGCAUUUGGCCAGCCCAGUCAUAAUGCACCUGAACAACAGCAGCACAGCUAUGAAAUGAUGCCUCAACCUUCUUUAACUCAACCACCUACUGCUGACCAAGCUGAAUCUGUGCCAACCACAUCUCAGCCUGAGCCAUCGAGGGAUGUUCAAACUCCUAAUUCCAUCACGGCACCUAAUUCUGUAACUCCUGCACCUACUCUCCUUACAAACGAUAUUGGUCAGUCAACACCAUCAACGGAACACUACGUCGAUCAUACUACACCUGCCGAGCAGCAACCUUCUCAGAGUGAGCCAGCAAAUCCUUAUGUACUUGACGUACCCAUUGAGUAUAAUAACGAUCCAGCACGCGAAACUCUUUACGGCCUUUCGGAACACUAUCAAUACGGCGGUGACGAUAAGGAUGAUGGACAGGAGUUGAGCUCUGGACAUCAGACUACCCAACCACCACCACCCCAUCCUCCUGCACACAAAGGCGACUUGAUGUAAGGCAAUGGGGGCACCAACAUG